UCUAGGGCCCGAGACAUGGCCCCGGGUCCCGACCAGCUAGGCGCGAUGCCCGACACUGUCGCCAUGCCCAAGAGAGGAAAGCGGCUCAAGUUCCGGGCCCACGACGCCUGCUCGGGCCGAGUAACUGUGGCGGACUAUGCCAACUCGGAUCCCGCGGUGGUGAGGUCUGGACGGGUUAAGAAAGCCGUGGCCAACGCUAUUCAGCAAGAAGUAAAAUCUCUUUGUGGCUUGGAGGCCUCUCAAGUUCCUGCAGAGGAAGCUCUUUCUGGGGUUGGGGAGCCCUGUGACAUCAUGGACAGCAGUGAUGAGAUGGAGGCCCAGGAGGAAAGUGUCCCUGAGAGAGCUGUCUCCAGAAAAAAGAAAAGCAAGAGACACCGAGAAGACCUAGAUGGUGCUGGAGAAGAGUAUCCCAUGGAUAUUUGGUUAUUGCUGGCCUCCUACAUUCGUCCUGAGGACAUUGUGAAUUUUUCCCUGAUUUGUAAGAAUGCUUGGACUGUCACUUGCACUGCUGCCUUUUGGACCAGGUUGUACCGAAGGCACUACACGCUGGAUGCUUCUCUGCCUUUGCGCCUGCGACCAGAGUCCAUGGAGAAGCUGCGCUGUCUCCGGGCUUGUGUGAUCCGAUCUCUGUACCAUAUGUAUGAACCAUUUGCUGCUCGAAUCUCCAAGAAUCCAGCCAUUCCAGAAAGUACUCCCAGCACACUAAAGAAUUCCAAAUGCUUACUUUUCUGGUGCAGAAAGAUUGUUGGGAACAGACAGGAACCAAUGUGGGAAUUCAACUUCAAGUUCAAAAAACAGUCUCCUAGAUUAAAAAGCAAAUGUAUGGAACGGUUGCAACCUCCUGUUCAGUAUGAAGAUGUUCAUACCAAUCCAGACCAGGACUGCUGCCUACUGCAGGUUACCACCCUCAAUUUCAUCUUUAUUCCUAUUGUCAUGGGAAUGAUAUUUACCCUGUUUACCAUUAAUGUGAGUACGGACAUGCGGCAUCAUCGAGUGAGAUUGGUGUUCCAAGAUUCUCCUGUCCGUGGUAGUCGGAAUCUGCGCAGUGAACAGGGUGUGCAAGUCAUCCUGGACCCAGUGCACAGUGUUCGACUCUUUGACUGGUGGCAUCCGCAGUAUCCAUUCUCCCUGAGAGCAUAGUUACUGCUUCUCGUCCCUUGGAACAGCUCUGAGUCCAUUCCCUUAGUAAUCAGAUUCGGUUUGGAAGGGGCAGUUGGAUUGUGUAUCUGAUUAGUAAUGCACAUGCUGUUUGGGUUCCUGGGGCUCCUAUUACAGGAGGUAGCAAAGGUUGAAUCAAGAGGAAAAAUAACUACGAUUUAUAAACAUUUUAAUGUAAAAAUUUGCAUUUGAAAGGAGAAACCUGGCCCCAUUUUCUGUGUUAUACCCCAUUUGGUGCUGUUGAGUUUGUUCUUUAUUCUUUUAUCUCAGCAAAAUUGGAUGAUCUUACUUUAGGGAAAAUUAAACUCUUAAAUCUUCAAGCAAGGAAAUUUCCCUUAUGAAUCAGAGGAACCCAGAGGCUAAAAAUGAUUGUUCCAAUGUUGCUGCCCCUCAAAUUCAAGUGACUAUUUUUUUUUUCUUUCCCUUUACCCUUCUUCAGAAAUAAAGCAGGUGACAGGGUUGUCAGAAUCUUGUAAGACUGACUUGUGCAUCUUUUUUAAAAAAUAAUUUUUGGAUAUUUAUUACAUAAGUAUUGUUUUGUUGAUUUUUGUAUCUUUGGGUUGUUUUGUUGCAUGAGACUGAUAGUGAUGAUAAUGAUUAUGUGCCCUUGGUACUGUUCUAGGAUCUUUACAUAGUGUCUCUAAUCCUUCUGUCUUGCAAGGUAGGCGAAAACCUUUCCCAUUUUAUGGUUGAGAAGCUGAAUCAGUGACUACCCAAGGCCAGAACUGCCAACACACAGAGCUAGGAGUCCCACCCAGGACUUUUUUGCUAUACCACAACUUAAAAGGCCAGUCUCAUUUUUCUUGUGGUAGGUAGAUAGUGGUAAAAAGGAAUAGGCAGAGCACAAUAUUUUUUUUUUUAAGGAAAAGGAUGUUUGAAUAUGCAUUAAGUAAAAUGCACAAAUAUGCAUUAAGUAAAAGGUAAAACAGGUAUUUUAGGAAGAUUUGUGGCAUUUUCAUUUAGAAAGGUAUUACGAUAAAAGUUGUUUUCAAAAAUGUAUUACAUGUUGAAGCCAGCCUUUAACUCUGAAGUCCUUAGUGACAUUUCUCUGCCCUGUCCUGUACUUUGGUACCUUCGUUAUCAUCCUGUGUCUACAGGAGCCUGGCCUUCUAUCCAUGCAGAAAUGCUGAUAUCCUCCUUGGACUUUCUGUCUUCAGCAUGCUCUGAGAAGAGGAUCAUGGGUGGGUUUUUUGUUUUGUUUUGCUUUGCUAAGAAUACCCUGUUGCUUACUUUCCCCACCUGGAUGUGGUCAGGAGGUAGGCAUUAAGACAGUAUUCUUAUUCUCCAGGCCCAGAGUUCAGCCUUAGCACUGCAACAGACUCUCCCCAUCCCCCAGAUACCUAUCUAGUCUUUUUAAGACAGGGUCCUUGCUAUAUAGCCCAGGUUGGCCUUGAACUUAAAAUUGUCUGACCUCAGCCACCCAAGUGUUGGGAUUACAGGUGUGAGCCAGCACAUCCAGCAAAGACAGUAUGCUUUAAACAUGAAAAUCUUGUGGGGGCAGAUAUUGUGAGCGAAGCUGCUAAAUUGAUGUGUUAUUUUUUUCUUACCAUCCUCCCCACCCCAUGCUAUUUAAAGACCAUUCUCAAGAAGCAUCUGUUUGAUACUGCUGCUGACAGCCUUACCCCACGUUGAGGGCAGUACUAAAGCUGGUCACACAGAAAGUAGGUCUGGGUCAGUAAAAAAGAGAAUUAGGGUACUGAAUUGACAGAAAUAACGCAAAAGCCCAAGGACUAAGUAAGCAUUUCACAGAUCUCUGCAAUCCAGAGUUGCCUCUUGGGAGCAGAAGAAGCAGAAUCCCUAAUAACCUAAACAAAAGAUGCCAUGGAGUAGUGGGGGGAAGUUGUUCUUCUGGAUUGUGUCUCCCAUUUAGGAUUUAUCUUAAAAGGGGUGAAAUAAAUGUGGCUUAAUUAUUUUCUGGCACAACCUCUGAAUUUUUGGGUCAGUCUCCAUGGUAUGAUGGUAUUUUAUUUUGUUUCUGAAGUUAUUGCCUCUGCUGUUCUUUUAACAUGGCCAAACACUUGGUAAAGUGGGUGUAGUAGUAAUAACUUCAGCCUUCCUCUGCUUUGGCUGAGUUGCCUCUUCUGCCAUUAUGUUUUGUUAAUGAAAGGAUGUAAAGAAGGGAGGAUUGCCUUUUAGUAAAAACUAGAUCACCUGGAACUUCGUGGACUCCAGGUUAAAAACUGCCUAAUAAUCCCACUUUAAAUUGUACUCUUGCUCAGAGGAUCAAACAAUUCGUUUAGCUUUACGCCUCAUCAGAAUUAUAUUUCCUUGCCUUCUAAAGAUGUAAGGAAAUGUUUAAUAUAUUGGCAGAAAAUAAAUGAAAGACUGCAUGUGUCACUGACCCGAA